AUGAAUCACAACACUGAGAAUCACAGCGAUACCCUAUUGAGCGUGGGGACCCCGAGCGCGCCAACUGGGUCUGAAGCUACUGGGGAUGAAGGUGAUCAUGCUCUCUACUACCCACGCUGUAAUGACGCCUUGCACUCAAAGCCUUCACUGAACGGUGCGCGGUUGAGUUUGCGUGAAGAACGAAGCACGGGCACCUUUAGCUUAGGAUGCUGGAAUGUGACCACACUGAACUAUAGCCUAGCACCUGAACAUCUGAUGGCCACUUCAAAAGCCUACCGCUAUGACGUCAUUGCUCUUAGCGAAACUCACAACAUCGGUCAGGAAGUAGCAUGCAAUGGACACAUAAUCAUGUCGGGUGGUGAAACUCACCAUGCAGGUGUGGGAAUACUGAUGUCAAAACGGGCAAAAAACAGCUGCCUUGCCGUCUACUACAUCUCUGAUCGGAUCAUGGCUGCCCGCUUUCGUCUGAGGAAAGGCUCCCUGCUGUUUGUCUCCGUCUAUGCACCUACAUCCACUGCAACGGAUGACAUUAUCAACAACUUCUACUCACAACUACAAGAUGUGAUCAAUUCAAACAAAAAGAACUGUGACACACUUGUUGUGGCUGGUGACUUCAACCCCAAACUUGGAAACCAGCGCAUCCCUCUUGUCAUGGGACCCCAUGGCUAUGGUGACAGAAAUUCAAGAGGAGACAGACUUGUUGAUAUCUGCAUGGUAAACAACCUCACUGCCGCACACUCCUGGUUCCCCAAGCGAUCUUCUCACAAGGUUACUUGGAUCAGCAGGGCAAGAAACGCAAGAAACGCCAUUGAUCACAUCUUAAUUAGCACAGAAGCAAGGAACCACCUGACUGACUGCCGUUCCUACAGUGCUUGCUUUGAUACUGACCAUCGGUUAGUAAUCUGCAACCUGAAGUGGAAAUUCCGUCGUCAUGCUACUGCACGUGGACUACGACCUCAACAUCCAAACGUUGAAGCCCUGAAGUCGGAACAAUCGUCUGAAGUCUUUCGGCAGCUGGUUCGAUCCCGUGUUACUCAAGGUGACUCUUUUGAAGCUGUCGCAUGUGUCAUACACGAAGCAUCUCUCGAGACCUGUGGUACACAAACAUCCAAGAAGAAACAGCCGUACCUGUCUGAAUUAACUCUUCAUCUGAUUCAGCGCAAGAGGAAGGCUGUAGGCACUUUAGAAUUCACAGCUCUGAGGAAUGAGGUCAAACAUGCAUGCCAGAAAGAUCUCAACGAAUGGUUGGUAACUAAUAUCAACACAUUGAACCAAGCAUACCAGAAUCACAAUUGCAGAGCUAUGUUCAAAACUGCUGAUGUUCUCCUUCAGAAAACAUGUACGCAUGUGGUGAACAUCAAAGAUGCAAAUGGUCUGGUAUUGGAGACAGCUGAAGAAGAAAUACAGCGUUGGCAUCAGUAUGCUGUAGAUCUAUUUGAGUCCAAUCAGCCACGUCCACCCCAUCACACAACUGAGGUUGAACGAAACCUGCCGUCACCGGAAGAGACCAAGAAAGCCAUACAGGCACUGAAAAACCACAAGGCUCCCGGAGUUGAUUGCGUCACAUCUGAAGCUCUGAAAGCUGUGACACAGGACCCAGAGAUAUUCCUAACCCUUCAUGGGGCCGUGUGUAACAUCUGGAACUCUGGGAAGUGGCCACAGUCGAUGACCAAGUCAGUGUACAUCCCGUUGCACAAAAAGAGUGACCGAGGCUUGUGCAACAACUACAGAACACUUGCACUAAUCAGUCAUGCCAGCAAAAUUGUUCUGAAUGUGAUACAACGCAGACUGGAAAGAACCGCUAACAUCGAAGUGAGUGACACCCAAUGUGGCUUUGUAAGCGGUAAAGGCACAACUGAUGGAAUCUACCUCCUGAAAGGUGUGGCGGAAUCGCACUACGCAGGAAAACGCCCUCUCCAUCUGGUCUUUGUUGACUAUAAGGAGGCAUUUGAUUCAGUUAAUCAUGCACUUCUGUUUGCAAAGCUACGAUAUCUUGGCGUGGAGGAGGAUGUGAUGCGGCUACUUGAGGAUCUUACAUCAACUCAAAUGGCAAGCUCCGGUGGAAAGGUCGGAUGA